UUUGAGGAUGGCGUUGGCAUGGUCGUAGACUUGGGGCUAUAGAUGAAGAUUAAGUGCCUCCGAACUGUUCAUGAUCACGUAGAGAGUCCACCAGUGGGUGAGGACGCGGCUCUUACGGGGAAUGUUGCGUGGAUAGGACCACUAUACCUUCUUGAAGAGGUGGCUUGUCAUAUUAUGAGGCCUUUUGAGGGGUUUGCGAGGAACGAUCGCCAGCAGAGUCAUACUACGGAGAGUGUUGUUACGCUGGCAACUGGGGAUAAAGGUGGUGUCGAUAAUAUAGUUGAGGAUGCGAAACCUAAAAGGGAAUAAUGUUAUCGAAAUUAUAUACUUCAAGUUCAUCCUCAGCUGCUAUUGUUAGAGUCAAC